ACCUUCUUCAAUGACGCGAUUGGUUCAUUCAUGCAACAUGGCCGCCACCCGCUCGGCGUUCACUUCCUGUUUCUUUCUUGUGCGUUUUUUCUGCCCGUGAAAAAGUAAAUAAACAACGGGAGAGAGAAAAAGAGACGAGCGUCCGCCUACGUGCGACCGUACACACCACACACUCAAGCAAGAGAACUCGGACCUCUUCUUCUUCUUUGUCCCCCUUCUUGGUGGUUUUUGCUGAAGGAACAAAAGACCGAACGGCCGCGGAAAUGAAAGAAGAGGAUGUUUUAACUGCCAAAAUGAUUGAAUCCGGCGAAUUGAAUAGGUGGAAAGAACUGCUUCGCAUGAGGCUCACGGAAUGUGGCUGGCGAGAUCAGGUCAAGUUGCUGUGCAGAGAUGCCAUCAAGCAGGGAAAUGUGGAGGAAAUGACUGUGGACCAGUUGAAUGCAGAAGUUACACCAAAAGCCAGAACUCUUGUUCCUGACGCUGUGAAAAUCGAGCUGCUGACAAAAAUCAAGACCUUCCUGCAGGAAAACACAAUCCAGGAGUCGCAAUGAACCUGUUCUAAUCAAGGACUGCGUUAUGAUGUUCCAUUAUAUGAAUUAAUUUAAGAUUAAAUUUAAAAAUAAAAUUCAUUACAGAAAUCAAUAAAAACAAAACCAUAUGUACUAAAGUUUUC